GCUGCUCGAGCCAGCUAGCUGAGCGUGUCGUUUCGCGAAUGUUUGUGACGGUCGACGAAAGCAGUCAAUAUCCUUCUACAUCGGGGCUAUAACAAUCUUUCAAAAUGGUGGUGGGCAGGACAUCAAAGAUGGUGCAGUACAUCAACUACAGGAUGAGAGUUAACCUGCAGGAUGGACGCACAUUCAUUGGUACAUUCCUUGCCUUUGACAAACACAUGAACAUUGUUCUUGGUGACUGUGAAGAGUUCAGAAAGCUUAGAGCCAAGAGUGCCAAGGCCCCUGCUAAAGAGGAGAAGAGAGUACUUGGCCUGGUCCUGCUUCGAGGAGAACAUCUUGUUUCCAUGACGGUAGAAGGGCCAGCAAAAGACUCAGGUCCAAGAGUACCUAUGCCUGGUGGUGGAGGUGGACCUGGUAUGGCCCGUGCUGCUGGACGUGGUAUCCCAGCAGCGUCUGCCUCGAUGUCAGCACCAGCAGGACUGUCUGGACCCGUCAGGGGGGUCGGCGGCCCAUCACAAUCACACAUGGCUCCUAUGGGUGGACCAGGAGGCUUUCCACCAAGGGGACCACCAAGAGGACCUCCAGGUAUGGGACCACCUGGCAUGGGACCACCCGGUAUGGGACCACCAGGAGGAUUCCGAGGAGGGCCACCUAUGGGACGAGGAAUGCCCCCAAUGGGGGGUAUGGGACCGCCCCCUGGCAUGAGAGGACCCCCGAGGAAUUAGUGUUUGAUCAUCAUCAAUGUUUUGUAAAUAGUUCAAUAUCCUGUGAGAGAGAGCGCCAUUCAGUUCAGAAGGGAUGAAUGUUUUUUAUUCAAGGAAGACAUCGGCUCCAGCGUAACAUUGCUGCAAUGGAUUUGGCACUGAGGGGGUGUUUGGUGAAAUUUUCUAUCAUUUUAGGUACAGUGCAUAUUUACAAUUGAUGACUGACCUUGCAAUUGAUGUAUCAAUUACAGUUUUUGUAAUUGAUAUUUACAAUUGCACGCAAAUAUUUUUUGUCAACACCCCCUAAGACGUCUAGUCCAUUUCGUUGGUUGUUCAGCAGUCUAAAAUUAGAUUAUGUCAAAAUAUGAAGUACAAGAUACCUUGAUUAUGUUAUGAAAGGAAAAUAAAUAUUUUGACAAGAUAUUGUAAAUUGACAUACAUUUUCUUCGAGAGCUGUUACUAAGCUUAUACAUAUUGAAUAGAGUGCCCAGUAUUACUAGUAAGCAUUUUGACAUACUCGGGGCAUCCAUGUAUUUGUCACAAAUUCAAUUCAAUUUGCUGUUUUCUCGACCGGAGGGGGGGGGGGGGGUAUAAGGUGCUUGUAUAUCAUUGAAUUUCUGUUCUUGUAAUUUUUUUUAUUUUAACACCCUAUGUGAAGCAUUCCUUUGUAUUCUUUAUUGUUGAAGCUUUUUAGUUUACAAAUGACUUCAAACUCAAAUUAUCUUGGGAAGUGGGAGGCAGCAACAGAAGUAGCUCUGGAUUACAUACACAUGCCAAAUGAAUAAAAGAUGUACUGGAUUAUGUUCAUAAAAUUCAACCUCUGAAGAUUGGUAGUCAAAAUCAGUGUAUUCUUAAAUUAUUUUUUAAUUGGACCUUCUUUUAGGACUGUUUUUUAUGGCAUUUUAGGUGAUAGAUGACGAUGAAUGGUGCAUUAUGUCGUUUGCUAUUUUUUUCAAAAAUGUCAUAAUGGAGAUGCCAAUUUUUUUUUUCCUUCAGUACAUUGUCAUAUUCUGUAAAACACCCCCCCCCCCCCCCAUGUCUAUGGCAGCAACAUGACUAAAACCAGUAUCUUCUCAGCAGCAAGCUGGUUUUAGUUUUUUAAUGGCAGUACUGUAUUGGCAUCUGUGUUAUAACAAACGAUAUGUAUUUUGACGAAUCAGAGAAAAAGUUUUCAUCUUCAAAGAACCAUCUAGACUGAUUGAAAUCGCCGGAGAGAACCCUUGUAAAUGUUCCUGAUGUUUUGUACAUGUCGCCUGUCAGGUAUAUUUGUCAUUGCAUCAAGAUUUCUUUUGUAUAAUAAACGAUUUUCAUGAUAUAA